AUGAUCUCAAACAAGUAAACACUAGUCUUCUAUAUGGAUUUAAUAAGUGAAAUCCCUUUUCACUCAUUUGGUACAUCAAAUAUUUCUAAAUUGCCUUUUAAAAAAUAUAAUCAAAUUUUAUUGAAUCAAUCAUCAUCAUUAAGAGGAGGUGGAUGCUGUUCAACAAACUUAGUGAUGCCUGAAACAAGAAGAUUUAACUAAUUCCCAUAAAGUUUUGCAUCUAAUCUAAAAUUUUAAACAAAUGUGAUAUUUGAAGAAUAAAUAUCUGUUGAAUCAUCAAAAAUAUGGCUGACAGGAACUGAUUUUGAGCUUUAGAUGAUAAAAAUUGGUAUUGCACAUUUACGAACUAAUUCAGAAACAGGCACGAACUUAAUAAAAGCAGUAUUAUUUGGAAUAGCCUCUUCUAUAUCAUAAUUAAAACCUAGUGAAGAACUUCUAGAUGCUCUUAUGGAAGCUGGAAAAUAUCUAUUGCUUAAUUUUUACGACAAGUAAAUAAAGAAUCCUUUGAAAAUAUAUGAGCUUUAUUAUUUUUUUGAAAAUUUGAAAUGGUCAAUAAUUUUCUAAUUAAAAGAAGGCUAUUCAGUUAAACAAACAAUAAAUUAACUUACAGAUGGAUAUAAUAAAUAUAUAGGAGCUUCAUAAAAUUGGUUAAUUCAUUUUUGUUGGAUUAAUUUAAUCUCAGGUUUAAUGUCAUAUAGGCCAAUAAUUUAUCGAGCUGAAGUUGAAUAGAUGUUGAAUCAAAAACAUCAUAUUAGCUGGAAUUAAUUGAUUGUUUCUAAUUAAAUUGUUUUAAUGCCUUAUGAUAAGACUAAAGGAAAAGUAAAAUAUUCUGGGAGAGGGACAUUUAUUAUUCGAGAAUUUUAAAAUUUAAAAUUAUUUUAGGAGUACUUGUUAGAUGAACAAGUCAAUUCUAUAAAAUUAUUUUCAUAGUAUUUAAAUUUUGAUUUUAGUUCAUAAUAAAAAAGCUAAAUCAAUUUACAAGAUUUAACAAUUAGUUUAUUCACAAAUAUUGAUGAUUUGGAAAUUCUUUCUUCAUUACAAAUAGCCUUAUUAAAUUGCUACACAAAAAUCAAGGAAAAUUUGAAUUUGAUAGAUAAUUAAACUUCUAAAGAUGAAGUAAUCUCAAUGUAAAAUAAAACUGAAAUAAAAAUUUAUAAACAAGAUAUUCAAUAUCUUAUUAAUCAGUAAAAAGACUCAUUUUUGUAACUAUUAUAUAUAUUCUAUGAGAUAGAUAUUAUUAGAAUUAAGGAAACCGAAAUAAUCAAUAAUAUUGAAUAAAUUUUGAGAUCAAAUGAGAAGAAUCUAGGACUGUUAAAGGAUAAAACUUAUAUAGAAUAGAUGCCUAAUUUAAAUGAAAUAAGAGUUGAAGCUGAAAAUAGAUUUGUAAAGUAAUUGCAACAGCUACCCAAUUUAAUAGUUUAAUUUACUCAAAUUUUAAUCUCUUACGAGGAUAUAAUUUUAGAUGAAAAUAAUGUAAAAUAUGUUUAAAAGACAUAAUUAAAACAGACAUUGAUAAAGUAUCAGUAAGAAUUGGAAAUUUUUAUAUAAGUCAUUAAUAAUUUCUUAAUUAAUUUCAUUUGUAACAUAAAAAAAAUAAAAAACAAUAUCAAAUAAAUUAAUUCCUAAAUAUCCCUUACAAUUCCUUAAGAGUAGGUUUCACAAAAAGAUAUAUCACAAUAAUUAAUUCUAUUUUAUAACUCUGCCUUAAUUAAAAAUUUAUCAAACUAAAUUCUUUAGGUUUAUUCUACUGAUUGGGUAGAGAAAAAUUGGGAAUUUAAUAAUCUUAACGAAUUUGGAAAAAAUAUUAAAAGAUGCAGUGAAAUUGCAUUAAUUUUUAAAUUUUACAAAAAAUUAUUAAGAAUUUAAUAACAAAAAAUAAAUGUGUUACAAUAUGAAGAUAAUAUUGCAAAAUAGUAUUUUAACAAUAAAAAUUAGCAUACUAAUUUGUUGGAAAACGAGAGCAUAGCUACAGAUUAAAUUAAAAGCUUAGUUCUUGAAAGAAAAGUUAUGA